UUUCCUGCGUAUACAAUGUAUCUCGUCCGAGUUGUGCGCACGGCCUCCCAACAAGAUGUUGACUCUGAAAAGACCCGAGAACUGAUCUUGAAAUGGAUCGAAGUAAUUAUAAGCGUCCUCAACGACUUCUUCGUCGUUUUCUUCAAAGACUAUGCAUAUGCCAUUCAAUGGGUGCCGAGAGGUCUGAUCAACACUAAGGAUUUCCUUGUUAACCACGUACUCUUGCCUCUGGACGCAAUCCUCCAAAAGAACCCGCGCUUCGCGCUCUUCAUCUCACUUGCCAUUUUUAUCGGACCUUGGAUCAUCUUAAUCCCUCUCAUUCUGAUCAUGACACCUCUUCUUCUCAUCCAAGAGGUUUUGGUCCUCAUACUGACGAUCCUGGGGUUCACUGUAUCAGGGAUCACCGGUAGCACCCCUGCCGCGCUUUUCCACAGCUUCUGCUACGACGCGGGCACCCCCGCCGGAUCUAUGUUUGCGUAUCUGCAAACGGUCGGAGCGGCAUAUCAAGUGAAUACUACGACAAACCCGGUUCUCCUGGUCGUCAAGGUAGUAGCUGGUGUGGUGGCAGUGUAUAUAAUCGUGUGGAUGAUUCCUUGAGAUUUGCUCAUUUUCUUUGCUCUACUUUCUGACGGUCAGAGGGUCUGACCUGUGUUCUGUAUACUUCGGUAUUGUGCUUUCAUAAUUAAUCGUAUUGCCG